UCAAUUUUAUGUAGUGACAUAGAAUGUAAACCUUUACUUAUCAUAGAGCAUCAAAGUAUUUCGUUUUUUAUUCAUCUAGUUAGCAAUUUUGAAUAGUUUAUGAAUAUGUCAAUUUUAGAAGUAAUAAUGCGUGAAAAUAGAAUGUGUUCUGCAACCGGAAGUGAUGGUUUUGAAAAUGAAAAGUGCACAUUUUGGAUAUUUGUCUUUCAAGAUCCAUUGUUCACAGGUUUAAAUUCAGGUUGUUGAACAUCUACAACAACCUCACAACAUGUCCAAGCCUAUUGAAUAUGAUCAUCAUUAUCCAAUGCUGGAGUGUUCUUGUAAGAGUAAACAACAACCACCAGAACAACAAAAUGUUGGAGAAAAUAUACAGUAUAUCACCAAGUGGAGACUUGAAGAUCAGAUCAAGCAAGCAAUCAUCAUACAAGAUACAAACAAGAUGCCAAGAAGUACAAUAAUUCUACAACUGCUUUGUGGUACAGGAUGAAGGAUUUGGGAAAUUUGAAGCAGUAUUUUCAUUUCAAGAUAUUGAUUCCAUUGAGUCAGGUACUCAGAUGUGACAAGGCAGACAUACAGUAAGUCAACUGCAGGUGGGCGUGGCAGACAAGCAAAAAGAACGUCAGCUCGAAAGAUGGCGGCUAGAAAACCUGGAUGCCAUAAGUCAAUACAGACAGACAGAGAAGACACUAGUGCUGAAAUAAAUAUGGCCUCUAGUAUAGAAUUGGACUCCAUUGCACGGAUGGUAGAAGCAUCAUUUCUGGUAGAAACAGCCCAGUCAUUGCCAGUGACACCAACGCAUGGGGAAAUACGAUCACAUACUUACCAUCAACGGCCACGAAGCAAUAGCUAUAGCAGUUCUAACAUCCUCCCUGGCUUAUCUCGGUAUAACAGUGGCUCUAGUCUCCAUUCAGAUCCCGGGGAUCUAACAGUUACUCCCCAGAGCCCCAACUACAGACGCCCCCAAAGACCACACUCAGCCGAGACAUAUAGACGCAACCGCAGUGCCCCGAUUAAGAUAUCUGGCCAGAGGAAAAAGCAGGAUUACUAUGACAUUGAAGAUCGUCAAUAUGAGGCGUUUAUACGACGUGCCAGUGACUGUGUAGAUAGUGUGUCUAUUGCAUUAACAGCCCAGCAAAUAACGCAGUCCACUGCCUUUAGCUGUGAUAGUUCUAGAAAUAAUAGCAAUUCUGAGUGCUCACUCUACAGUGACAUUUUACAUAAUGAAGCGCUACUGAGCCAUGAUUCAGAGAGAAAUAAUGAACUUAUGCAAAAGGAUCAUCGCGCGACUAGAAUAAAACAUCUUGAGACAAACAUCUGUGAUAAAGUACAGAGUGACAUAAGCAAUGACAGGGAGCAAUAUAUAAAGCAAGCGCAAGUUGAUAAAGUUAAUAAGUCACUUUUACAUGGCAACCUUAGGGACUCAGGUUCUAUAGCACAUCAUUCAAUAGACAGACAUAGGCCUAUGCAACACAACAAUUGUUCUUCAGUUAUACAUGAUACUCAAUCAACAGGCUUCAUUUUGGGAGACUAUUCAUUAGCAGAACAGAUACAUUCCCUGGGUAAUCCAGACAGUACAGCAUCAGCAGAAAGAGCGCAAUUAGAUCAACGUGGUAAUUUACAUUUUAUGAUACACGCCACAGACGGAUUAUUUGAGCCAAAUAACAAAAGCUUGCAAAUCAAUACUAACUCACCAAAUUACAAUGCAUCUUCAAACAAAUCAAAACCAGCGGAAGUAACUUUAAAGAAAAUCACAUGUCUUGAUUCUUAUGUCAAUAUAGAUUCACCUAAUGAAGAACCAUCAACUGGAAGUAGUUUAUGUAAUAUAGAUGAUGUUAACGUAUCAAAAUACACUGACUGGCAAUAUUCGGAGCACCCCUAUGGUCAUAUCCCAUCAUGCAACCGUGGAAUAAUAAAUAGACCACCUGAGGAUUUAGCUGGAUACUCUAGUGAAAAUUCAGAUGAUAUAAGGUUGGAUAACACGAAACCUCUGAAUAACCUCUCAGAAAGUGUAGACACUAAAAACCAAUUUGAUUUCAACCAACUUGAUGAGGAUUUAUGCAAAGAUAACAUAGGAUUUAAUCUUAAUGACAUUGAAGGGGAUAUUAUUAACAUAGAUGAUAUUAUUACAUUCAAGGAGGGAGAAUUCACUAGAGAGGUCCUUGAGACUUUAGCACAGUUAGACGAUGGAACAAUUGACCUGAGAAAAGGCUCAGAGAGCAGUGAAGCCAGUUCGACUUCACCUAUUGUUACAGAUCACGGUAAAAUUGAAAUCAACACACAAUCAAUCAUUUCUGAUGGUAAAGGAAAUGAUGCUAUUUCAGAAAGGCAAACAAUUGAUGUUAACACUCAAGAUCAAAGUGAAAGUUCUGUUAAUUAUACUGCCGAAAAGACUCAAGUUCAUUUAAGUUCAGGAAGCAAUCAAAUAGAAAACUCUAGAGUCUCAAGCAAUGAGAAGACAUGCGUAGAUGUUCCAGUCGAGGGCCCAUUAACGUCAAUGAACGAUAGGAAGCCAGAUGUGAUCACAGGGGCAGCGGGUACAUCCUUGGUAAGCGCAACAGAGUUUGAAUCUACCAUUGACGCUUUAUGUUCUAAAAAUAAUAGUGAUGGUACUAUCCUUAUACAAUUAGACAGUGCUAUAGCACAGUCAGACAUCACUGUUCAAGCACACUCAAACAAUACUAAAGUGCAAUCAUCAGCACAAUCAGACUCAAUUACAGCACAAUCUAAUGCUUGUGCUUCUCACACUUCAUACUCAACAAGCUCAAAUCUUUUGCCAGCACAAUCAGCCAGUGCUGUUAUACCUUCAGACAGUGCUGUAGAAGCAAAAGAUGAUACAGUGCUAACUCUGUUGACAAACCAAUCGCAAAGCUUGGCGCAAUCAGAUUGUGUUAUUUCAACUUGUUUAACCAAUCAGGCUCAGUCAACAGAGAAGGCAGUCAUAUAUUCUAACUCUACUUCCAGGAAAACAGAAAAUCUAAGUAUCUCCCCCACAAACAGUGUUAGGAUUUCAUCCACGGAGACCUCAGGAAAAUUAGCUGACCAACAGCCGUCAUCAUGUCAAUACCCUAACUCCCCUGUCAAUAAUAGUGAAGUCCAAUCUGAGAAAAUCAUUCAUGGAGAAAAUCCCCAUGGGUUUCUAAUCAAUUCAACACCUGAUUGUAUUGUAAAUCAACUCGAGAGAUGUGGACUCAGUGACAAGUUUAAUGAUUCUAACAUAUUGUUACAAUCUACUACGUUCUAUGAUAUAUCUCCCCAGAAAAACUCAAUUAGAGAAAACAUCAAUAAAACAAAUAGUGCUCUUCUAAUGUCAACUAACAUAGACCAGUUCUGCAAGGAAAAAUCUGAUAACCUAAUAUUGGGGGAAAAUAUUGACACUUCUAAUAAUGUUACUUCACUUGAAGCAAUACAUGUAUCUCAACAACAUAUUAAUAGACCCAUUAUUGACAAGUUGACAUCGGAUAGGAAUGACAUUCAAGUUGUAACCAUUGAUGCAGUAAAUAAUCAAGAAGAUGUUAUACAUCUCGGAUUAUCUAAUGUAAAUAUAAAAGAAACAUCUAAUAUUAGCAAAAGUAUUAUUCAAUGUAAUCCAAAUAGUGCCAACACGGAGGAGAAAAUAAUGAAUUGUAAAACUAAUGAUUCUGUAUCUCAUGUAUCAACGAUGGAGGAUGGACUUGAAAACUUAGAACAAUGCAAUAGUGACAACCAUGCUUCCUCUCUAUGUAACGAUAACACAGUAUUAACACAAGAUGUAAAUAUGACAUCAAACAAUGUCAGUGUGACAUCACAUGAUGUCAGUAUGGCAUCUAGUGACAUCACUUUACCACUAUCAUCUGAAAGUUUCAAUAUAUCUACAAGAGACUCAAUUAAAUCAGCUUCAACCAGUGAUUCAAUCAAUUUAGCAUCUGUGGUGACAAUUGAUUCAUUAAAUGUAGGAUCAACCAAUGAUUCUGUUAAUUCUGCUUCAACAACUGACAGUUUAAAUGGAUCAGAGUUUUCUGUUGAUACAGUGAUCUUUGUUUCCCCUCAGAGUAAUAAUUGCACCUCCAAAAACAGUUUGGAAAACAGAGACUGCUCCGGCAUUGACACUACAAUAGAUAAUCGUGAAAACAAUGAAACAAUUCCAGACUCUGUUGACCAUGAAAAUGACUACACUGCUGAUCCAAAGCAAGUUGAUGGAAGUGAAACUGAUUCAAUUUGUAUCGAUUUAUAUGAAAAUCCCUUGCAUUCAGGAGUAUCAGAUAGUAGCAUCAAUACAUUUGCAUCACCAGAUCGUAGUAUUGAUUCCGGUAGUUUAGCAAGAGCUUCUCAGGAUGUAGAUACAACUUUAGAAAAAGAAAAUAUCUGUAAGGAUUUCCGGGGGAGUAAAAGAGGCUUAGAUCCAUUAGCUCAAAACAAGGACACUACGAUACGUGAUUGUACAUAUACCGAUAACAGUAUUGACAAUAUCAUAGCUGAUUUAAACGAAAAUGAAAACAUCGAAGAACAAUUAAAAUGUGCACUAGAUAUGUGCCAAGCAGAUGCAAAGAGCAAUAAAGUAAAUCCACCAUGUAAUAUUGCAAUUAGUAGGCUACAACAUAGGCAGAAAAGCCUCACACCUGUGCCAGAGGGAAGUACAGAUGACCUUGAAAGUGUAGCUUCAACAGCAACAGCUGAUAGCAAACAUGAUAUACACACCACAGGCGAAGAUAUAAAUAACGAAACAACACAAACAAAACCUACAUGUACAAGUCAGGAUAAUGUAAAUAGCCUGGAAGAAGAUGGAAUUAUAAAAGCAAGAUUACUGUGUCACUAUGGAGAUAAGGAUAUAACGUAUCAAGAUGAGGCUUCCAGGAAUUGUUCCCCAAAUAGUCAAGUUACCCAUAAUGCAUCAGACAUAACAGACGACAAUAUGCAGUCCAGUGACAACAGCCAAGAUUUACAUAUUAUUGAAGAGAUUUUGGACUCAAAUGGAUUAAAAUUUAUCAACUUUGCCAAGGAGUAUUUCAAUUCACAUAUCCGGGAUACUGGUAACUCGGUCCUCAAGACGCUUUAUAAGAGACGUCAAAGUGGGGAGUUAUCCUAUGAUGAGAUGACAAGAUAUAUGACAUCACACAUCAUCCCGACGUCCCAUGUUCCAUUACACUACCCCGACAGCAUCAGUAGCGCCAUCUCUAUUUUCAAGGACCUUCAUAAAAUUCUAAAAAGUGAUCUGAAGUCAGAACAUACAAUAUGUACACUUAAGCACAUCAUCGGCCAAGGAAUAAACAGGGUAGAGCUGAGGGAUGAGAUCUACUGUCAGCUACUGAGGUUCACCACUGAUAUGCCAGAUAAAGGCGGGAAACAUCGCUUGUGGUUUCUGAUGGCGUUAUCGGUGGUAUCCUUUGUACCAAGCCGGACCUUAUUGAAGUAUGUGGUGUGUCACAUUAAGGCACACAUGCAGAACCAGGGACAAAUUGGACACUACGCCACCUAUUGUCUGGAGCACUUGAAACUCACUGUCCACAAUCAACGCAAGAUGCCCCCAUCCACUGCAGAAAUUGAGGCUGUGAAAUCAAGAAAUCCUAUAGUAUGCAGAGUAUAUUUCUUGGAUGACAAGACAAAAGCUCUGAGCAUCGACCCUUCUGAUACUGCUGGUGAUAUGGUGCUAAAAGUUGCCAAGAAGAUUGGACUGAAGACCAGUUAUGGCUGGGAGCUGUAUGAUAGCACCCCCAAACAUAUGCGCCACAUCCAAUCCAAUGAGCACCUAGCUGAUAUAGUAUCACAAUGGGAACAGGAAGGUUUCAGUACAAGCCACACAUGUAAGCACCACUCUGUACAUGUGACAGACAGCCCUAGUAAGAGCUUUGGAUUUGAAGAGGCCAAGUUUGUUUUCUGUAAAAGGAUAUUUCAACCCCUCGGUGUCACCCUGGAGGACCCUUUAGAGGUGAACUUGAUGUAUGCCCAGGCAGUCUAUAAUGUUGUCAAGCUUGAUGCGUACCAAGCCUCAGAGGAUCUUGCUUUGCGUUUAGCAGGGCUUCAAGCUCAAGUCACUCUGGGACCAUAUGAGGAAGAUAAAUCUUUCAGGUAUGAUGAUGUAGAACAAUAUCUCUGCCCUAGACUUGUGUCCUGUGGAAAACACCGUAACCUCAGCAGAGAUAUAGAGAGAUCACAUAAGUGGCUUGCAGCUGGUAAGAGUAAGCUAGAUGCCCAGACAGAUUACCUUCAAUUAAUGGACCAGUUUCCCUUAUAUGGAAGCACCAUGUUCCUGGUGAAUUACAAAGGAGAGUGGGCCUAUGGCCGAGAGACAUUCAUUGCAAUUAGCAUUGACAGUAUACGCUUUGUUAGUAUACAAGACCGUUCCCUCAUUCAUGUGUACUCCUAUGAUGAGAUUGAGAAGAUUGUGAUAGAUGACUUGAAGGAGAUUCUUACAAUUGAGAUCAAGUCAGAAAUUGAGACGUGCCAAAAAUGUUACAUGUUUGAGAUUGAUGCAAAAGAUGAUUUCAAAGAUCUCAUUGCUGCUUAUUCUCCACAACACAUAUCAUGGAGAUCAAUUCACCCAGUUAAGCUGUCGGAAGAUAGGUUCCAACUCUCUGAUGAUAUAGAGGAGAUACGCAAAGUUUUGAUCCGCUCAAAAAUCCUACAAAAACCUUAUGAAGAAGAUCUAGGUUUUAUUAGGUCUACCCUGAAAAGAUGGACAGUGCCUGAUCCAAGGUUUCACAGAACCCAGUUUGACAAAAUAUCUAUGCCAGGAGCCAGUAAUGUGCGCCUCAGUCAUUUCAAGCCUCCAUUUUGGUCAAGUUCAAAAACAGAAAUGCGACAAUCGUUGAUGCUAUUUGAGAGCCAGGAGCUAGAGGAUGUUGCAGUGAAGAUGUUUAAUUCUUCCUUGAUUUAUGCAGGCAUUGAAACUGGAGGUUUGGAAAGUAAAGACCAUGCUGUUGUCAUACAAACACUGAUAAGUAAAUGCCUGGAAAAUAGUCAGCUCUGCAAUGAAUUCUUUCUUCAGCUUAUCAAACAAACUACAGCCCAACCAGAGCCCGUUGGUGCAGUAAGUGCUAACUACUGGCAGAUGUUGUGCCUCUUGACGUGUGUCAUGGUUCCUGCCAACAAGGACAUCCUCACAUACUUGCGGCUUCAUCUCCGUCUCACAGCUACAGACACAAACUGCACUGAUGGCAAAUAUGCAGCCUACUGCCUCCAGUGUCUUCACCGUAUUGUUGCCAAGGGCAACCGUCGUCACCCACCAAGUAGUCACGAGAUAGUCUUUGUCACUGCACGGAAGCCGAUUGAAGAAACCAUACAUUUCAUUGAUGGCCAGAAACGAAUUAUGGAGUUUGAUUCUGCAACUACUUCUGGAGAAAUCCUGAAACAGGUGAAAGCAAAGAUGGGUGUGAAAGGUGAUUCACAUGGUUUCUCAGUGUAUGAGGUCUGUGCUGAUGUGGAACGUAAUAUGAGACCAGAUGAUAAGCUGGCAGAUGCCAUGUAUCAGUAUGAACGAUGGACUGACAAUGGGAAAGCAGGGAAACUGAGAUUUACAUUAAAGAAGCGACUGUUUGUGGACCCAAUUAUAAACACCCAAGACCCAAAGGAAUGUGAUUUAGUGCACCACCAACUGGUCUCAGAUAUAUUUGAGCAGAAGAUACCAUUAUCAAAGUCUGAUGCAGUUCAACUCAGUGCAUUACGUGCUCAGGCAGAGCAUGGAGACAUUUCUCUUAGCGAUACAUGUGAUUAUUAUUCUGUGAUGCGGAUUCUACCUAGGAGUCUCCGAGAAACCAUAGAUACAUCUGAAAUUGAGGCUAUACAUCAGUCAUUAGAGGGCACCGAACCUCGCAAGGCUGUUUUGUCAUUUAUUGACCUGUUAAGUAAAUCCUGGCCAUUAAGAGGGGCAGCAGUGUUUGAGAUAAAGCAGACAGAUUACUCCAAGGUGCCUAACAAUGUCUGGCUGGCAGUUAACCAGACUGGCCUCCAUUUAAUGGAAAUCAAAGGAGCAAAAGUGUACAAAUCCAUUCCAUACAGCAUUAUAAGCAGCCACAGGGCCUCCUUACAAGGGCUGUGUAUUACAGUGAAAACUACAAAGAAAGAAUCAAAACAUGAGUUCAUGACAUCUCAGGGUUCUCAAAUAUCUCAUCUCAUAGAUGAUUAUAAAGCAGUAGUGGGAUCAACACGUUUAAAAGAUGGCACUGCUGCAUCACUGGCCAGUGUUAGUCUUAGUAGCAGUGCAUCAUCAUGUACUCCAGAGUUUGCAAUAAACAAACUAUGACACCACAAUCUACAAUCGGCACCGCGGUCAAAAUCAAAAAACUAUGACACCUCAGUCAACAAACUAUGACAAAACAAACUAUGCCACCCCAGUCAACAAACUAUGACACAACAAACUAUGACACAACAAACUAUGACACCAUAAACAUAGGCAAGAAGCAAGAACACAAAAUUCAACAAGUUAUGAUAUCAUACUGAACAUGACAUCAAACUGUGAUAUUAAUGUGAAUAAACCAUGACAUCAUAAAUCUGAUGACAAUGACACAAUUUACAAACAAUGACACGCUAUAACAUCAGAAACUACUGCUCUAUGACACAUUGUCAAGUAUAAUCAUAAUUACGCAUGAAAUUAGUCAUGCUUUGAAAUUCUAAAUCAAUAAAGAUUUGGUGAGACACAUGAAUGCAAUGAAGAAUGAUAUAAGAGCACAUGCAUAUGGCACUCGGCUUUACAUAGCAUCCAGUAUUAGGUUCAAAGACAUGUGCAAUGAUAUACUGUAUGUAUGUGCUUUAAGUCAACAUGAUAAACCAUGACAUCUCAUUUCUGUUCAGCCUUGAGAUGUUUCAGGUGAAACAGAAAGAUGCUAUGAGUAUCAGAAUGGCUUUAA